AUGGCGUCCUCUUCCGAGCGAGUGAGCACCUCCCACGCCGGAGCUGGGCGCUUCUGGCCUAUUGGUACUCUCACCUGUCAGCCCGAAUCUGCAGCUGCCAUGUCCCUUCGCCGGCUGCUGAUGGUGCUGCUACUCUCCUUCCAACUGCACGGCUCCACCGGCUCCCCGCCUGCCGCUGAGGGCGCCUCCUGGCCGUGUCGGUCCCGACAGGUCACCGACGACUUCGGCCGGCCGCUGGUCACCAUCCAGUGUCACACCCUAGCCGAUGAGGAGGCGCGUCAGGACGUCUGCUCGACGGCCCGAGGCGGCGGCGGCUCCCUGGAGCUGGCUGUCCUCCUGCCGGCCAGUGAUGCCUACGAGGGCAGCCUGCAGCGCGUGCUGCCCGCAGUAGUGAUGGCGCUCCGUCAGCUGCGGCAGCGACGACUGCUGCUCGGUAGGACGUUCACGCUGCACGUGCGUGACACCCGCUGCUCGAGCAUCUACGCACCGGCGCACGCGGUGCAGUCCUACUUCACGGACCGGGUCGAGCUACUGCUCGGCCCCUACUGCGACUUCGGAUUAGCGCCCGUCGCUCGCUUGGUGAAAUUCUGGAACGUGCCUCUCAUAACGGCCGGAGGAUUCUCAUACGACUUCACAAAGCCCAAGACGAAUCCAGAAAAUGAGUUCUAUAUGACGACGAGGACUGGCUUCAGCUUCGCUGGCAUUGCGACAACCAUCUCAGAAGUUCUCAACAAGUUCAACUGGCGCAAGGUGUUGCUGCUGUUCGACCGGGAUGCCUACGAGUCUGUGGCCGGCCACCACACUUGCUACUUGGCAAUGUCAAGUCUGAUCGGCCUGCUCAAGACCAACAACGUCUCUUACGGCACGUUUGACCUCGGUCAGAAUCGGCGCUUCACCCUGAGAGACAACCUGCGCUCCAAAAUCGGCCUAGACUACGGUGUCAUUAUCUUGUGCGCCUCACCCCACCACGUCCGAGAAAUUCUGAUGGUCGCCGAUGACCUCAACAUGGUCUCCAGCGGAGAAUACGUCUUCUUCAACAUCAAGCUCUCCACCAGUGAGACGAAGCCUCAGCGGCCGUGGCUGGUGCCCGAGGACCCUCCCCAUGUGAACGAGAAGGCCCGGCGCGCCUACCAGGCACUGAUCACGGUCACGGCUCGAGCGCCGGACGACACGCGUUACGAACAGUUCUCUGAUGAGCCGCUAGCAAAGACCUGCAACCCGAACCGCUCGCUACUGGACCAAAACCUGCCGCUGUACUGCAGCUUUUUACCUUAG